UGCCAACACAAUGCAGAAGCAAGUGGAGGUCAGAAUGCAUGAAAGCCAUUUGGAGCCCAUCGUGGAGCCUCCUCAGCCUAUGUGUUGGGGAAUAUGCAGCAAAAUCAUGAAUAACUUGGUUCUUUUCCUCACCAUCCUUGGUAAGUUAGUUUAGAUGUGACUGCGGUUGUUACUGUCUUGGUAAGUUAGCCUGCCGUUUAGAUGUGACUGUGGUUGUUACUGUCUUGGUAAGUUAGCCUGUCGUUUAGAUGUGACUGUGGUUGUUACUGUCUUGGUAAGUUAGCCUGUCGUUUAGAUGUGACUGCGGUUGUUACUGUCUUGGUAAGUUAGCCUGUCGUUUAGAUGUGACUGUGGUUGUUACUGUCUUGGUAAGUUAGCCUGUCGUUUAGAUGUGACUGUGGUUGUUACUGUCUUGGUAAGUUAGCCUGUCGUUUAGAUGUGACUGCGGUUGUUACUGUCUUGGUAAGUUAGCCUGUCGUUUAGAUGUGACUGUGGUUGUUACUGUCUUGGUAAGUUAGCCUGUCGUUUAGAUGUGACUGUGGUUGUUACUGUCUUGGUAAGUUAGCCUGUCGUUUAGAUGUGACUGUGGUUGUUACUGUCUUGGUAAGUUAGCCUGUCGUUUAGAUGUGACUGUGGUUGUUACUGUCUUGGUAAGUUAGCCUGUCGUUUAGAUGUGACUGUGGUUGUUACUGUCUUGGUAAGUUAGCCUGUCGUUUAGAUGUGACUGCGGUUGUUACUGUCUUGGUAAGUUAGCCUGUCGUUUAGAUGUGACUGAGGUUGUUACUGUCUUGGUAAGUUAGCCUUUCGCACAAUUGUGUACAACGUCAUCCAUUCCGUAUGAUAUAUCCUACGAAUAGCAAAAAAUGUAUAUUUUCUUUCAUUUUUUGCAACUCGUAUGUUAUGCUCCGAAUUCCAAUUCGUACAACAUGUACAACAGCAUCUUUAACAUUGAAAGGUGUGGGGGUUUGAUAUAAUUGAGUUUUUAGAUAUAAUUGAGUUUUUCUGUACUUGUUCACCUCCCAGCCCUCACAGUGCAUAAGGUUGCCUAAAACAUGUGGGUGAAAGUGUAGCGAGAGCCGAGGUAGAGCUUGUUGUGUUCAGGGAAUAAACACUAGCUGAUGUGUAUGAAUACAAAAUAACCUGGUGUGUGUAAAAGUAGGUUCUUUAUAAGACUAUUAUAAGCACUAAGCAUCGAGGUCUUAAAUGACCACUUUAAUCGGAAAACACACAUCUUUAAGUUGAAGAACACAGCUUUGUCCUCCAUUUUUUUUUUAUACAAAAAAAAAAACAAGCAGUGAGCAAAAUAACAGUAACAUUUUAAAUAGAUGGGAUGACACACCUAACGGGAGAUCUGAAUAAUGCAACAGAAAACCAAUGUGAGGUCCAGUUGAUAUAACCGUGGGUUCUCUCUCUCUCUCUCUCUCUCUCUCUCUCUGUGUGUUUUAGGGGUGAUCGUUGGCUCUGUUUCUGGAAUACUACUGCGUCCCAUGUCGCCGCUCCCCCCUGAUGUGAUCAUGGUCAUCUCGUUCCCAGGAGACAUCCUGAUGAGGAUGCUGAAGAUGCUCAUCCUGCCCCUGAUCAUCUCCAGUCUCAUCACAGGUGGGAGACCAUAACCCUGACAUUAUUUGUAUGUGUAUUUAUUAUGGAUCCCCAUUAGUUCCUGCCAAGGUAGCAGCUACUCUUCCUGGGGUUUAUUAUGGAUCCCCAUUAGUUCCUGCCAAGGCAGCAGCUACUCUUCCUGGGGUUUAUUAUGGAUCCCUAUUAGUUCCUGCCAAGGCAACAGCUACUCUUCCUGGGGUUUAUUAUGGAUCCCCAUUAGUUCCUGCCAAGGCAGCAGCUACUCUUCCUGGGGUUUAUUAUGGAUCCCCAUUAGAUCCUUCCAAGGCAGCAGCUACUCUUCCUGGGGUUUAUUAUGGAUCCCCAUUAGAUCCUUCCAAGGCAGCAGCUACUCUUCCUGGGGUUUAUUAUAGAUCUACAUAUCUACAAUACAAAAUGUUUAAUACCACCCGUACAACAAUAUGACAAUGUACUGUACGUGUGUGUAGAUUGCGUGUGCUAGCGUGUCUGCAUUAGCACUAGUAGCAUUGUACGUUAGAGUGUUAUUAUAGCAUUUAUCCACAGGAGGUUGGUGGCACCUUAAUUGGGGAGGACGGGCUCGUGGUAAUGACUGGAGCUGAAUCAGUGGAAUGGUAUCAAACACGUCAAACACAUGGUUUCCAGGUGUUUGGUUCCAUUCCAUUUGCUCCGUUCCGGGCCUUUAUUAUGAGCCGUCCUCCCCUCAGCAGCCUCCACCGCAUUCAUCACUAGAGUAUUUGGAAGUCAUAUCUUCUGCAGUUUGCGUGACCGGUUGUUGAACUGCGGGCCUCUCUCACCUCUCUCCCACUCCAGGACUGGCAGGGUUGGAUGCCAAGUCCAGUGGUCGCCUGGGCACCAGAGCCAUGGUUUACUAUAUGUCCACUACGGUAAUCGCUGCCGCUCUGGGCGUCAUUCUGGUGCUGGUCAUCCACCCAGGGAACCCCAAGCUGAAGUCCAACCUCGGACCGGGCAAGAAGAAUGACGACGUCUCCAGUCUGGAUGCCUUCUUCGAUCUCAUUCGAAACCUUUUCCCAGAAAACCUGGUUCAGGCCUGCUUCCAGCAGAUCCAGACGGUCACCACAAAAGUCCCCGUGCCUACCAACAGGACCAGGGGUCCACCACAGUUUACCAUCAAAAAGGGUCUCCAGUACAAGAGUGGGAUGAACGUGCUAGGUUGGUACACUUACUGGAAAACAUGCUCAACUCUAAACUGGAAUGAGUUAUUUUCUUAGCAGUCCAAAUAACUGACUUUCCACCUUUUUGCCUCCUUUGAAACUGUAGGUUUGAUUGGGUUCUUUGUGGCUUUCGGGAUAAUCAUGGGGAAGAUGGGAGAAAAAGCCAGGCUCAUGCUGGAGUUUUUUAACGUUCUCAAUGAGAUCGUCAUGAGGAUUGUUGGCAUGAUUAUGUGGUAAGUGUCAUCCUCUCUAGAGUUAUAUUACCUCUUGAAUAUAGUUUUCCCCUCCUAAACUAGCAGGUAUUCUAGGAAGUCCACUCUAGUCACUGUGGCCAAAGGAGAAAAGUGUUAUUUAUUACAGGAAAUUAGCCUCCGAUGUACAUGUUUGCCCCAAUGUUCUCAAUUAGAUACUGAAAAUAUACUACUUACCUUUUAUUUGUGUUACCAAACUGCAAAACUAAUCUCACCAAGGACUCUCCCAGGUAUUCCCCUUUCGGUAUUGCCUGUCUCAUCUGUGGGAAAAUCAUCUCAAUCGAUGAUCUGGAAAUGGUUGCCAGGCAACUGGGAAUGUACAUGGUGACCGUGAUCGUGGGCCUUGUCAUCCACGGUGCCAUAUUUCUACCACUAAUAUACUUAGUCAUCGUCAAGAAAAACCCCUACGUCUUCUUCAUGGGCAUCUUCCAGGCCUGGGUCACCGCUAUUGGGACAGCAUCUAGGUACAAGACCAAAACCUAUUCUCUUCCUCUGUGAUACUUAUUAUCGCCUUCUCUAGAACCAGUUCUAGAACCCAUUCUAGAACCUAUUCUAGAACCCAUUUAGAACCCAUUCUAGAACCCAUUCUUUGGACAUGUAAUGCAUGAGAUCAUGGUCCUGCUUUUUCAUGUCUGCUUGCAUUUCCACUGGCUUCAGUGACACUGAAUUGUAUUGGAGCUCUGGUUGUCAAUCUGCUUGUUUAUGAUAAGACAGACAAAACAACAUGGCGUUACUUGUUUCGUCUCCAAUCUACAGAUAAACUAAAAACAAGAGUAAUGUCUUCAAUGUGCAUACAGUGCAAAGUUGCUUCAAAGAUGAAAAACCUUUGCCUAGUUUAGGAUACAAUGUUAAUUCAUAUUAAGGACUCUGCAUUACCCAACCUAUUUGAUAGAUUGUAUGACAGAGUAGGUUUUGAGCCACAGCCGAAGCUCACACUGAGAUGAUAACAGCAACAGAGAUGUGGUUCAUGCCCUAGAGGGGUGUCCACAUUGCACGUGUCGUCUGAUACCUUCAUGCAUGAGACCAGCUUUGUGGUGCUUAGCUACCACCAUGUAAAUAGACUCUUGUCGACUAAUAUUACUGCUUAAAGUAAGAUCCUUUAAAAGUCACCCUUUGGGAGAACAUGAUGCUCAACUUAUAAUAUACAUAUUAUGCAAAUUCAGUGUUUAAUACAAUUCCAAGGCUUGUGAUAUGUACUAAGUACAAGUUUUGUACCCGUCUCUCAGCGCUGGCACCCUGCCAGUCACAUUCCGCUGUCUGGAGGAGAACUUGGGCAUCGACAAGCGAGUGACGCGAUUCGUGCUCCCCGUGGGCGCCACCAUCAACAUGGAUGGCACUGCGCUUUACGAGGCUGUGGCAGCCAUCUUCAUCGCCCAGAUGAACAACAUCGACCUCGACUAUGGCCAGAUCGUCACUGUCAGGUAGGACACUUCGGAUUCUGGUCCUACAUGACUAGGCCCCUGUGUUUUGGACUAUCAUGUCACAUGACCUAGGAUUUAACCUUUUUUUUAAAAGCCUUUUCCAGAAAUGAGAAUGACAUCAAAAAUAAAAGCAUUUGUCUGAGGAUGGUGCUGGACCAUCUGACAUAAAAAGAAAAGGGACUGUUUGUUGAAAACACUUGACAUAAAGGUUCAAAUUCAGGUCAUGUGACAUGAUUGUCCAAAACACAGGGCCUUAUACAUGACAGAUUGACCUUGACAAAGGACAUUUAGUCAUGUAGCUACAAUAUAAGGUUGAAAUGAGUGUAUGUGUAAUUGACUGAGAUCUCUCAUCCUAACCGUAGCCUGACAGCUACCUUGGCCAGUGUGUAAUUGACUGAGAUCUCCCAUCUUUACGGUAGCCUGACAGCUACCUUGGCCAGUGUGUAAUUGACUGAGAUCUCCCAUCCUAACCGUAGCCUGACAGCUACCUUGGCCAGUGUGUAAUUGACUGAGAUCUCCCAUCUUUACGGUAGCCUGACCGCUACCUUGGCCAGUGUGUAAUUGACUGAGAUCUCCCAUCUUUACGGUAGCCUGACAGCUACCUUGGCCAGUGUGUAAUUGACUGAGAUAUCCCAUCCUAACCGUAGCCUGACAGCUACCUUGGCCAGUGUGUAAUUGACUGAGAUCUCCCAUCUUUACGGUAGCCUGACCGCUACCUUGGCCAGUGUGUAAUUGACUGAGAUCUCCCAUCUUUACGGUAGCCUGACAGCUACCUUGGCCAGUGUGUAAUUGACUGAGAUAUCCCAUCUUUACCGUAGCCUGACAGCUACCUUGGCCAGUGUGUAAUUGACUGAGAUCUCCCAUCUUUACGGUAGCCUGACAGCUACCUUGGCCAGUGUGUAAUUGACUGAGAUCUCCCAUCUUUACUGUAGCCUGACAGCUACCUUGGCCAGUGUGUAAUUGACUGAGAUCUCCCAUCUUUACGGUAGCCUGACAGCUACCUUGGCCAGUGUGUAAUUGACUGAGAUCUCCCAUCUUUACGGUAGCCUGACAGCUACCUUGGCCAGUGUGUAAUUGACUGAGAUCUCCCAUCUUUACGGUAGCCUGACAGCUACCUUGGCCAGUGUGUAAUUGACUGAGAUCUCCCAUCUUUACGGUAGCCUGACAGCUACCUUGGCCAGUGUGUAAUUGACUGAGAUCUCCCAUCUUUACGGUAGCCUGACAGCUACCUUGGCCAGUGUGUAAUUGACUGAGAUCUCCCAUCUUUACGGUAGCCUGACAGCUACCUUGGCCAGUGUGUAAUUGACUGAGAUAUCCCAUCUUUACGGUAGCCUGACAGCUACCUUGGCCAGUGUGUAAUUGACUGAGAUCUCCCAUCUUUACGGUAGCCUGACAGCUACCUUGGCCAGUGUGGGAGCAGCCAGUAUCCCCAGCGCUGGAUUGGUGACCAUGCUGCUGAUCCUAACAGCCGUUGGGUUACCUACCCAAGAUAUCAGUCUGUUGGUUGCCGUCGACUGGCUGCUGUGAGUACCUGCAUUCACAUGUACAGAGAAUACAUUUCCACACACACACACACAAAUAUCUUCUUGUUACCUCAGGACAAAACUCUGGUCUUCCUCCAAAUAUAGUCCUCAGCUUUGUUCCCCCGAGAGAUUACCUUCUGCACUUGUCUGUCUCUGUGUCUCCCUCCCCCACCCUAAAAAAAAAAAUACAGGGAUCGGUUCCGAACCUCCGUCAACGUGGUUGGGGACUCCUACGGGGCGGGUAUCGUAUACCACCUAUCCAAAGAUGAGCUCGACGCGUUUGACGCCGCGCAAAAAGUUGAUGAAUUUGAGUUGACAAAAUCACAAUCCUUCUUCGAGAACAACACCAACCAGUGUGUUUACGCUGCAGCCCACAACACAGUCAUGAUAGAUGAUUGCAAGGUACUUUUCAUCUUUAAGGAUAUAGAGACGUGUAUGUAGACUUCCCCUUAACUGCUGCUUUUUCUUUUCUUGUCAUUUGGUAUGUCGACAUACAUUGAUGUCACCUUAUACAGUUAUUUUGGAGAAAACGAUAUUACAAGGUGGAGAAGUUAAAUAAAUAUGCUCUUAAAUUUAUUUACUCAUCCGCUAAUUAUUUGGAAAAGCAGUUUUUUGUGAUACCUGUGUGCUUUUGAUCGAAAUUCUGAUGUUAUGUUUUUGACACAAUUUGUAUUUUGAAAAUAUUUUUCGCACUUUACUUUUCUUCGUAUGUCUUGUAUUAAUCUGUGACAUGAGUGGGAUUUUUUUUCUUCAUUGGACAUGUAUUUGUGGCAGCCCUGCUUACAUGAUUCGAUUCAGUUUUAGGGCACAUUUUUUAUUCAACAUUGUAUGGCUAGUGGUACACAUGAAGACUGCUAUUUCAUCAUGUUCAUCCAAACAAUGACAGACAUAUUAUGGACCUGUCAAAAAUCCUUAUUUCUACUGUAGAUAGUUAUCUUUUAUACCAAAAACUCAAUGCUCUUAUUAUCAGAGCAUUUUACUUAUCCAUUUGUCAUGGAUCAUUGUUCUAUUGCAUUGCUUCUAUUGCAUCUUUAUCUUGGCCAGGUCGCAGUUGUAAAUGAGAACCUGUUCUCAACUGGCUUACCUGGUUAAAUAAAGGUGAAAUAAAAUAAAUGGGGCAAUUACUAAUCUCUGUUUUAUACUGUUAUUUAGUUGUUUUCUUACAAUCGAUUUAUUCAACAUUAUCGUACCGGUAAUUCUGUUGGGCAGAGAAUCCAUAAAAUACAUGGCCGAGAUAGAAAACAAAACUGACUCAUCAAUGUUUGACGUUCUCCUGUCAGUGAGAAAACACUGUCUUCUGUAUCUACUGUCGCUUCAGUAUUCAGAGAGUAUUCAUUUCUUUCUUUUUCUUUUCUAUUUGGACCAAAUUUGCGGGAUUCCCAGUAAAUUCAACCAAUUCAACCAAAAUUCAACCAACCAGCCAAAUUCAACCAAAAGGAUGGCCUGCAAGUAUUACCACCUUGGUUUCUCUGCUCCAAAAAACUUUGACAGCUUGAACAUGACUGUGCCUUGGUCUUACGGUUAGAUGUCCCUGGUAAUUGCUUGCAGGUAUCCAUGGGCAAUGGAAACGGCCAUCCCAACGGCCACACCAACACUGCAGAUUUCUCUCUUGUUGAGGAGGAACCAUGGAAACGAGAG